AUGGCUAAGUGGCUAAACAAGUACUUCAGCUUAGGGAAUAACAAAACUAAGAGCCCCCCGCAGCCUCCCCGGCCAGACUACCGCGAGCGCGGGCGCGGGGGCAGCAGCAGCAGUGGUAGCACCAGCCGGGGGGCGGCGGCGGCGGGGGCAGGUGGUGGCAGUGAGCGGCGGCAGCAGCAGCCCGCGGCCGCCUCCUGCUCGUCCUCGUCGUCCUCUUGCUUUUCAGCCUCAUUCCGGGAGGACAGCGGCAGCACCAGCGACCUCAUCCGCGCCUACCGGGCCCAGAAGGAACGCGAUUUCGAGGACCCCUACAACGGCCCCGGCUCGUCGCUGCGCAAGCUGAGGGCCAUGUGUCGCCUGGACUAUUGCGGGGGCCAGGAGAGCAGUGGGGACAGGACCUUCUCCUCCGCCUCAUCGUCCGCAGGCUGCUGCUGCACCUCUGGUGGCGGAGGGGGAGCCGCCACCUCCUCCUCGUCUUCCUCCUCCCCGCACCUUUUCCGCAGCAAUAGCGAGCGGCGGCCGGCCACACCGCCUGAGGUCAAAUACAUCUCCCCCAAGCACCGGCUUAUCAAGAUCGACAGCGGCUGUGGAGGUGGCGGCGGUGGUGGUGGCGGUGGAGGAGACCCCGGGGGAGGCGGCAGUAAGAGUAGCAGCAGCAGCGGCAGCAGCAGCGUCCGAACCUGGAGUCCGUCCGCUUGCGGCAGCAGUAGCAAGAAACUGCUCAACAGGUGCCCUGAAGAGAGCGGCGCCGCUGGAGGCAAGAAGGAUAAGGUUAUCAUUGCUGACGAUUACUCAGAUCCUUUUGAUGCCAAAAGUGAGCUGAAGAAUAAAGCAGGAAAGGGGGAAAGCACUGGCUACAUGGAGCCCUAUGAAGCUCAGAGGAUCAUGACAGAAUUUCAGAGACAAGAAAGCGUGAAAUCCCAGAAUAAAGGCGUCCAGUUAUAUGACACACCUUAUGAACCAGAAGGCAAUGGGGUAGAUUCAGACUCUGAAAGCUUGGUCAGCCAGCGUUUACGAGAAAGCAAGUUGCCCCAGGAUGACGACAGGCCUGCAGACGAGUAUGAUCAGCCUUGGGAAUGGAACAAAGUCACAAUUCCAGCCUUAGCAGCUCAGUUUAAUGGUAAUGAGAAGAGGCAGUCUUCCCCCUCACCUUCCAGAGACAGGCGUCGACAGCUCCGAGCCCCAGGUGGAGGCUUCAAGCCAAUCAAGCAUGGAAGCCCAGAGUUCUGUGGGAUAUUGGGAGAAAGAGUUGAUCCUACUGUCCCACUGGAAAAGCAAAUCUGGUAUCAUGGAGCAAUCAGCAGAACAGAUGCCGAAAAUCUCCUCCGGUUGUGUAAAGAGUGUAGCUACCUUGUAAGAAAUAGCCAGACAAGCAAGCAUGACUAUUCUCUGUCACUGAAGAGCAACCAGGGCUUCAUGCACAUGAAACUGACAAAAGCCAAAGAGAAAUAUAUCCUGGGGCAGAACAGCCCCCCGUUUGACAGUGUCCCCGAAGUCAUUCACUACUACACGACCAAAAAACUGCCCAUCAAAGGCGCGGAACACUUGUCCCUGCUCUACCCUGUGGCUGUCCGGACCCUAUGAGGAGAGUGACCGACCCGCUCCCCUGUUCCCACGUGUAGACGACGGGGCCCCGGAGAAGCGAGGAAGGAAGCAGAGGCUCCUCCCCGAGCAUCCACCAGAACUCUGGACUGAGAAGAAACCGAAGCUCACCGCUUGUCACCACAGAUUGACUGGCUGUGUUCAGAUCAUUAGUGGUACUUUGGCACUGCUGUAUGUCUUCAGAAUUAUGUUUCUAUUUAAGGGGAUGGAAGAACCAUAUUCAAAUGUGAUAGCAGAUAAUCCAGCCCAAUCCAGCCCCCACAUCUCCUUUUACUUCCUGUGAAUUAAAAUAUUUUCAAAUCCAAAGAUAUGCCUUCCAGGGUAAACAGAGCAAAGCAGCUUAUAACAAACAGUGAGCUCCAAGGAUUUUCAUUUCUUUGUUCUCCUGCUGUCAUGAACUUACACCUGCGUAUAGUCAAAAAAUAAUAAUAAUAAUAAUAAUAUUAUUAAAAGUGAUAAUUCUCCGCUGGUGCUAUACUGUCCCCUAUUGAUAACGAGAACAGACAGAUGCUAGGCCUUUCAGGACCUGGAGAAUGACAGCACGUUCAAUUCAUUCCCCCCUCCCCCCAGGAGUCUUCAGAACUGCCUCUUCCACAUGUGUGAGUGUAUGUGUGUGUCUGCACACGAGUGUAUGUAUGGGCACGGGGGCGUAUGUGUGCUUCAAUCGCAGUUGGUGAGGCAAAUCCAACAACAAAUCCUUUCUCUUCCCUUGAUGUGACUAGGAGACCUAUCUCAAUGGAAUCAUUUUGCAGUAGCAGAAAGAAUUCAAUUAUUUAUGACUAGGGUAUGUA